AACCCAUGACAUAGCGCUCGCGGAACGCCAGGCGAGUGUCUUACCACUACACCACGGAGACUGCUAAUAACAUCCAGUUGUCACCCGCACACAAGCAGACGUCGUCAGGGUUGAAGCAGGAGUGCAGGCUUGAGCGAGGAGACGAGACGGGAGCGAGGUACGACAAGAGAAGCGGCGGUGCACGACGACUCGUCCCUCGCCACAACAACAAUGGUCGUCAGCUGGGAGGCCCUGACGCCGGAGUGUCUUCACCAAAUCAAUACUCUUGGGGAUUUAUCACUCUUGGGGUGAUACGCGAGGUUGUGUGCUUGCAGCACUGGUUGUCUGUCAUCACUGGAUAAACUUGCAUAUGGGAGACGGUUGGUACCUGUUUAUGGACACAUCAUAGUGUGGAGGGUCUACACGGACCAACAUGUGGAACUCCCUACGGAUAGCCCUGGGACAGCCACACCGACAAGUCGGACAGAACAGACCAUGGAGAGAGGUUGAGGAGAGAUGGGGCUAGUCUUUGUAAAAAGAUGAACAUGCACCAAGAAGAGGAAGUCGGGAACAAGCAGAAGCACGAAGAGAAAAAAAAUGAGGAAUAAUGGUCCUGCACCUUGAAGAAACGGAAUGAAAGGGUACAGGGUAAAGUACGACCUUUAGUUUUAAGAAACCAUGGAAUACUGGGUGUCAAGUACCCAGGAGUCUCCCUUUUGAGUUCCCUUAUGGUUGUCAAGUGACCAUCAUAGUCGUUAGCAUGUCUCGACUUGGGUCUCCCUUGUAGACCACGGGUACAGUCAAAUCAAGAAGGAGACCUGUGUCAGUAGUGUGGCAUCUUGUUGUGACAGUAGGUCACCUGAGUGACAGCCAGGUUUUGGCUCCAGUUACUCAAACUAACAGAUGUCAGUAACCUAAGAUAUGAUCCAGGAUCCAAAGAGGCAUCCUCUCAUUGUUGAUCCAGAUGUGUUCUACCAGUUGCAGCCACGUCUACGCCUGCGAUCCAAGAGCUCAAGUCUACAGCAUGCCUACCUCCCUCACACUCCCCUCCGUUGGUCUGGUGAGUCCUGACAGGUCAAGUGGAACAGUUCUGGGAGCGACCCUACAGGUGUGAAGCUUGUUCUCUUCCUCAAAGCCGAAGAAUUACUCUUGCAAUGCCAAGAUAGUGACAUUAAGCUCAUGUAAGUGGAAGGGCUCCAGCCUAUAGCAUCUGCAGCUUGAGUGUCAUAAAGCAGACUAAUCUCAGACGUACUACUGGUACAGUAUCAAUACUUAUUAUCUUGACUUUUGUCUUAACAUCUUUACUACGUGUACACCCAGCUGCCUGCUGCUGUCAAAUUAUUUAUCUUUUUUAGUUACCUUUCCCCUGAAGUGUUCUAGUUGCAUUAUUGACAUCUAGUAAAUUGAAUUUUAACCCCGGUUUACCAAGAAAUGUUUAUAAUAAAAAAACAUUAUUUCUUUGGUGUCUUCAGUAUUAGAUAUUUGUAUAGUGUGCAAGUAUUUUAAGUGUUGUUUAUGUAGCCAUUGUACUGUUUGGCUAUAACAUUUUGUAAGCAAUGUACAGAAGUAAUAACAAAAGGAAUUGUAUGUCUGCUGUAUGAAAUACACAGACAAAUUUCUUCUAUACUAAUCAUUGUAAAAGAAUCUUAAACCAUUAUAUAUAGAAUAGCUUGUAAUCAAGGCAUAUUUGUGCACCAUUUGUCAUAUCCUUUACCAAUAUCUUCAUUCGAUUAAGCAACCCCUCAUAGUUCAACCUAUCCUCGUUAAAGCACAUCACACUUUGAUGUAUACUUUACCUAAGGCCAAAAACUGUCUUACUAGAAAAUGUUAGUGGCUUGUGAAAUUGACAUAUUGUCCCAUUUCCUGUUCAUGGGUCCUCUGGUUGGUUAGGAUAAGGCACUUUAGUAUGACAGUUUCUUGAUGCUGGGAAUGCUUGCAAGAAUGAGCUACAUAGUCAGAGGUUUCUGUAUCACCUUAAUGCAUUUAGAUACAUUCAGUAUAUUUAUAUUUUCUCAUUGUACAGUAUACCUUGUUUUUUAGAAUCACUCUCCUGUAGUGUGCUUUGUACUUCAAAACUUUUGUUUAGUUUGAAUACUCAUACUUUUCAAGCAGUGUGCAAUGCUGUUAAUUACCAUAAAAGCAUCAGUUUUCAAAACAAAUUUAAAUUCUUGUUGAAUACAACUUAAAAUUAAUGAACACACUAAUAGUGUAGUCAUUGUUAGAUAUAAUUUGAACUUUCAUGCCAUAUGCACUCAUUAUGUAAAGCCAGUUCUUUGUUCAGUGUUAUAAAUCUGUAUACAGAAUAUAGAUUCAUGGCAUAAAAAUUUAUGUGUAUAAAGUGUAAAAGUUGUUACAUUAUUACUGUAUUUCUGAUUAGGUAUACAGACAGGAGUUCACUCAGUAAAGAAGCCAUAUUGUUGUUCAGUGUUCUUAUCAAAGCAUUGUCUAACAAAAUUUAGGCAAACUGAACUGCAAAACAUAUUUUAGAAUCUCGUAUUGUAAAGAUUUUGUUAAUAAAUUUACUGUAACCAUGCAAGAGUGUGCACACUAAAGAAAAUUUGUAUAAAUGUAGUGUUUCAAGCACCUUCUCAUAAAUCUUUUUAUUUUUCUAGUUAGAAUUUUAGAUUUAAAAGAAAAAUAUCCUAAGUGCAAAAUGUUACUGUAACGUAUAUAAAUAAAAUUCAGUAUUCGUAAUUUGAAAUAUUUGUUAAAAUAUUUGUUACCUUUUAUAGUAUAUUUUUUAGUUAAGUAUGAUGGCUCUGGGGCUUGCUGCCCUUGCGAACCAGUCUCUAGCCAGAGAUCUCGCUAUUCACUUAGUAACUCAAAUGAACAUUCAUACAGAACAAAACAACUUGGUAAAGCAAAUGAACAUUGAUACUGAAGAAAAACCUUAUCAUUGUUCUGUUUGUGUAAAAGAUUUUACAAACAAAUCUGCAUUAAUCUCACAUAGGAGAACUCAUACAGGAGAAAAGCCUUAUCAAUGUGCAAUUUGUUUAAAAGACUUUUCAGAAAAAUCAAUGCUCGUAAAACAUAGAAGAAUUCACACAGGGGAGAAACCAUAUCAAUGUUCAGAUUGUUUAAAAGAAUUCCUCAGAAAAUCUCAUUUAAUAUUGCAUAUGAGAAAUCAUACAGGAGAGAAACCAUUUCAGUGUACUGAGUGUCUAAAAGAUUUUUCAGAUAAAUAUGCUUUAGUAGCACAUAUUAAAACUCACACAGGAGAGAAACCUCAUCAGUGUUCAGUAUGUGAAAAAGACUUUUCAAAAAAAUCUGCUUUAGUAUCACACAUGAGAACUCAUACAGGAGAAAAGCCAUUUCAGUGUCCAUUGUGUCAAAAAGACUUCAAAGAAAAUUCUAAUUUAGUAAAACACAUGAGGACUCACACAGGUGAGAAGCCGUAUCACUGUUCAGAGUGUCAGAGAGACUUUGCCAGAAAAUCUUAUUUAGUAGUACAUAUGAGAACCCACACAGGAGAGAAACCUUAUCAAUGUUCAGAGUGCCCAAAAGAUUUUACAUGUAGAUCUGCUCUUAUAUCACAUGUAAGAACUCACACAGGAGAACGACCAUAUCAAUGUACAAUGUGUGUAAAACGCUUUAAAUUUAAAUCUGCUCUAAUAUCACACAGAAAGGCUCACACUGAAGAGAAAUUUCAAUGUUCUCGUUGCCUAAAAGAAUUUCCAGAAAAAUCUUCCUUGGUAAAACACAUGAUUGAAUCAUGUGAGUUACCAAACAAUAAUAUGGUUUCCGUCACACAUGAGGGACAGCACAUCAAUGUUCAUUGCAUUUAAAAAAUAUAUAGUUUCGUAUAUGUUAGAAAGACUUCUAUGAAACUUAUUCUAGUAAAUUGUGUGAGGGUUCACACCAGAGAAAACUACAUUCAAAACUGAUAGUGCAAAAUCUUUUGGUGAAAGAACACUAACACAAAUUAAAACUUAAAAGCAAAAUUAUCUCCUGAUUACCAAACCACAAACCAGAAAAUGAAGAGACAAUGAUGUUUCGAUCUAUCCUGGCCCAUUAUCAAGUCGAUUGUAAUAAUGUACUAUGAAAGGUUACCCAAUCGACUUGUUAAUGGUCCAGGACGGACCAAAACGUUGUCGUCUCUUCAUCUUCUAGUGUGUGGUUUGGUCACCAUAUCUAUAGCCUCAUCUUGGCUGAAUUGUGACUUGGCUUAUUGUGACUCAUCCGCUGCAAAUUAUCUCCUGUUCUAAUUUUUACAACACUAGAAAUUUCUGGGUGAAGCCUCUACGGCUCCCUGGAGCUAUCCAGGCUGAUAUGGAUACCCUAACUAUUUUGCAUCAGUCAAUGUGGGUGGUCCAUAGAAAUGCACAUGUGAUUUGGAGCAUUCUGUAUG